CUCUUUCUGAAUACACUCACUUCAUAUCUCUUCUCUUCAGUAGUUUCCAAUUUGCGUACACAGAUCCAUACUCACACACUCCCACCUGAGAGAUUUUCCAUUCUCACCAGUUAGCAACAUCCUUUUCCUUUAUACAAAGUUAAUCAAGUUCACAGCUUUUUUGUUGUUUCUGAAACACUACCUCGAUUCUCGAACUGGGUCAUCCUCUGAUUGUGGAUUGGAGCCACACACCAAGAUUCUACUUUGACUUUCAAGGGAAAGGCAAGUAAAAGCUCAUCAUCUUCUAUAUCCAUAUGUGUUUUCCGUUAUGGCCCUUGCAAAUAUUUUUUUGAAUUUUUUUUUUCAAUAUUUUUCUCUUUGAAUUCUUGUUUGUUUUUUAGUGCUGGUGUGUGAUUUGAAGGAGAAUUUUUUAAAAUUUUUGGAUUUCUGUGACGCUUCCUGGGUCAUUGUGCCUGUGCUUUCCCUGUUUCCCUCCCUUGGAUUCCGCUGAUAGUGUUUCUGUGCAGAAAAACAGAUAAAGUUGGUAGCUUUAUUGGAAUCUGAUGAAAUUUGGCACUACCUUUAUUGUUCUUUCUAGUUUUUAAGCUUGGCAAAUUCUGGGUAUUUUAGUAUUUUGCUGUAAAGUUUCAAUUUGGGGCUUCUGCUUAUAUUUUUUGCUCCACUUGAGUUUUGUGAGUUGCCUUCUCAACGCUUUGGAAGAACUCAAGUUCAAGUUUCCUACUUCUGUCUCACGUUUUGGGGUUCCCAGUUACUGUGAUAUCAUCAUGGAUUCCCCACAAUCUGUAGUGUCACCCUUCAGAAGCUCGGUCUUGGGUGAGGGUGAGAAGCACAAAUCUGAUGUGUACACAGGAAAUUCCAGUCCCUUGUCCAAGGACAUUGAAGUUAAUGGGAAAGAAGCUGUUAUGUCAAAUGUUGAAGAGUUCCUUGGAGUGCUUGAUGUUUUCAUUCAUCAGGCUAGGGACAUUCAAAACAUUUGUAUAUACCACAAGCAAGAUGUUUAUGCUAAGAUUUGCCUAACAAGUAACCCCGAGACUACUGUGGCUACCAAGACUAUCAAUGGAGGAGGAAGAAACCCUGUGUUUAAUGAGAACCUUCGCGUGAAUGUUAGGACUGUUGAUGCUUCUCUCAAGUGUGAGAUAUGGAUGCUGAGUAGGGUGAAGAAUUAUCUUGAAGACCAGUUGCUUGGUUUUGCUUUGGUACCUUUGUCUGAAGUACUAGUCCAGAAUGGGAAACUAGAGAAAGAGUUCUCUCUUUCUUCAACUGAUCUAUUCCAUUCUCCUGCAGGUUUUGUUCAGUUGUCCCUUUCUUACACUGGUGCUUCACCUGAUGUUAUGGCAAUUUCUGCAAUGCCAACCAAGGUGGCUACAGAUGCCACUGUGCAAGACUCGGAAACUUCUGAGUCAUUGGCAAGGGAUUUGGAUAAGAUUGAGUUCCCUGAUCCUAAGAUUGUGAAUGAAGACCACUUGAUGGUUUCAGAAUACUUUGGCAUUCCAUGUGAAGAGACUCAGUGUUCUGAUAGCUUGGCAACUUCUGAUGCCGAAAAUCAUAGUUCUGAAGCCGGUGUUCGUCUUGUGGAAAGCUUCUCGGCAUGCAGUGUUGAGUCUGUUCAGCCCCCUAAGGUUGAUUCUCCACCUAGCAGUGUGUCAACAAAUGGAGUUUCUUCUCCUUCUAUGCCUGCAAGCUCAGAAUCAUCUGAUGCUGCUGCUGCUGCUGAUACUUCUAAGUCUCCUAAUCAGGAACAAGUUUCAGGCACCAAAGAGGAAAAAAAUGUGGAUGUGAAAGAUGGUGAGAGUGAUUCCUCAAGUGGUGUUCCAAGUGACUCAUUCCCUAAGCCUGUUGUGACUGUGAACAUUGAGCCAGAACCAAAGGUGGUGCAGCAAGAUAUAGUAGACAUGUACAUGAAAAGCAUGCAGCAAUUUACUGAGUCUUUAGCAAAAAUGAAGCUUCCUAUGGACAUUGAAAGUGAACCUACUAGUUCAGGAAAUUCAACCACUGAGCAGAAACUACAGCCAUCGAAGAACAAUAACUCCCGUGUGUUUUAUGGCAGCAGAGCUUUCUUCUGAUCUUUGCUUCCCUUGUUCAAGGGAAUACAGAGCAAGCCACUGUAGAUGUUAGAAGAAAACUGAUAUUAGUAGUGAAAUGAAAUAAUGUACUAUCCAGUGUGGUUUCCCCUUCUGUACUUCAUCACAUGUUGUAGGUUACAGGGAAUAUAACUUUGUACUCACAAGCUUGUUGCUAUCUUAACCGCUACAUGAACUUUUGUGUUACCUUCUUCCUUUGUCGUUCUUCUGAUUUGAAUGUCAAUAAUUGUGAAAUUGGAUU